AUGAGAAACGUUAAGAGCCUUUCCCUGUCUUCUAGAUCUCUUGAGGUUAUGUAUUCAAGUGAUACGGAGUUACCUUUCUUUGCGAACCUUGUUAAGCUUUCCAUAGAGAGUGAUACAAGAAAUGGUUGGCAAGUGCUUCCGAGUCUGCUCAACCAUUCUCCAAACCUAGAAACUUUGGCCCUCAAGGGCUUGCACUGUGUAAACAAAAAGGGAGUCCACAUUGGUCCGAGUGAAGUGAAGGUGUUGGAGAUAUAUGGGUUUAGAGGAAGUGUUGGAGAAUUCAGUCAAUCCAAGUGCUUUUUGUCUCAAAUGAAGUUUCUUCAAGUGAUGAAAGUGGAAAUUGAUGCUGAUGAUAACAAGAAACUGAAACUCAUGAGUCGCCUUCUUGCUCUUCCUCGCCCUUCAUCUCAAUGCCAAAUCCACUUCUCGUGA